UUAACAUUGAGGGUUGGUUCUGAACUUUGUCAUUUCGUGAAUGUUACACUAUUUGCUCCGGAAGUACUUGGUUGUUAUGAUGAAUGAAACAAUUAUGGCUCCAGUGAAGUCUACAUAACACAAUUAUCACUUGAUAUUGAUAAGCUAUUUGGGGCACAGUGUACAUAUACACAUUUGGUCAGCUGUCCUCAUGAUGAACUUUGACGGUCUGGACCCAGGGAUGGGUGAAUACGCACCCGCCCUCCAUGGGAGUCUAGAGCCAGGUAUGGAGCCCUCAAUGGACCCACGGCUCAAUCCUGUCUUGUUGCAAGGUGUGGAGCUCAAUCCAGAUGGUCUUACCGUGGCCGUACCCGAGUCUGUGCACAUGAUGGAAGGGAUGUUCUCAGAACUCCACAGUGUGCAUGCAGAAGUGGGCGUUCCUGUCACAGCAACUCACUUUGACCUGCAAGAGGAGCUGCUCUGGAUGGGGAACCACAGGGGGCAUGGAAUGUCCUUCUUUGGUCCCACAAUGGGUCGCUACUCUUCUUUCCAGGCGCACUCAACUGAUGAUAUUCGUCAGAUUCAGAGCAUGGAGACGGGGGUUCUGUUUCUCUCUAAGAGUAAUCUCAAGUGCCAAACUCGUGGAGGCCUUGUCAUGUUCGACUACCUAAUGGAGGAGGGAGCUGACAUGCAUAGUCUGCUUAUGACAGAAAACAACGCAAUGCUCAUGGGUGGACUACAGAAUUAUGUGCUUGAAUUUGACCUUAAUACUGUGCAGCAGACACAAAAGUUUACGGUCGAGGCUCCAGGGGUAGCUAUCAUGCGGCAGUCCAAUCGUUUCUUAUUCUGUGGGAACACAUCUGGGAAGGUGUCGCUUUGUGACCUGCGCACCUUCAAGCUAGAACAUGAGUUUGAUGCCUUCUCCGGUAGCCUGUCAGACUUUGAUGUCCAUGGCAACCUCCUGGCUGCGUGUGGGUUCUCCAGUCGAGGAAUGAACGAACUAGCGUGUGACCGCUUCCUCAUGGUGUUUGACCUGCGCAUGAUGCGCGCUGUGACACCACUCCAGGUGCACGUGGACCCCCUCUUCUUGCGCUUCAUCCCUACGUACACGGCACGCCUGGCCAUCAUCUCACAGACCGGACAGUGUCAAUUCUGUGAACCCACUGGGCUAGCCAACCUGGCUGAUGUCUUCCAUGUCAACACCGUUGGCCAGUUGCUCAUGAGCUUCGACGUGUCCUCCAGCAAGCAGGCUUUGGCCUUUGGGGACUCUGGGGGAGGUGUGCACCUUUGGUCAGACGCCCCAGAGGUCUCCUACAACGGUUAUUCACGGGAGACCGAAUUUGCUCUGCCCUGUCUGGUGGACUCCUUGCCUCAGCUGGACUGGAGCCAUGACCUGUUGCCCUUGUCCCUCAUCCCCAUGCCCUUUACCAGCUCAGAGCCACUACUGUCAGACUGGGUCACCACACAGGCCACUCCCAGCCCUAGACGAGCACCCCCAGUGGACCCAGAGAUCCUGCGUACGAUGAAGACUGUCGGGUUCAUUGGUUACGCCCCCAAUCCUCACACCCGUCCCCGGAACCAGGUUCCUUACAAGAUCAAGGAGGUGGAGCUGGACUUUGACAACUACAAUCAGGGGGUUCCUGAGUCUCCUAUUGGUCGAGAUGAAGAACCACACCUCUACAUGGUGCCCAAAAAAUACAGGAAGGUCACCAUCAAAUACUCCAAACUUGGGCUGGAAGACUUUGACUUCAAACAUUACAACAGGACCCUGUUUGCUGGCCUGGAACCUCACAUUCCCAAUGCUUACUGUAACUGUAUGAUCCAGGUGUUGUAUUUCCUGGAGCCAAUCCGCUGCCUGGUCCAGAACCACCUGUGUCAGAAGGAGUUCUGUCUGGCGUGUGAGCUGGGCUUCCUCUUCCACAUGCUAGAUCUGUCACGAGGAGACCCCUGUCAGGCCAGUAAUUUCCUCAGAGCUUUCCGAACUAUCCCGGAGGCGUCUGCCCUGGGUCUGAUCCUGGCUGACUCUGAUGAGCAGACGGGGAAGGCCAGGUUGGGCCGUCUCAUCCAGAGCUGGAACCGCUUCAUCCUCACCCAGCUCCACCAGGAGACCCAGGAGCAGGAGGGGCCACAGGCCUACCGAGGAGCCAGCAGCAGUGUUCUGGGCUCCUCAGGAGAGUCUGUGAUUGGAAGGCAGUUUGGGUGUGAGGUUGAGAACAGCAGCCUGUGUCGCUGUGGAAAGGAGACAGUACGCUCCUCUCUCACCUUGCUCUUCACCAUGCACUACCCUGAGCAGAACUCACUUGAUAAGACGAUAAAGGAGUACGACUUUGCUGAGAUCCUGAAGAAGAGUAUAUGUCUGGAGCAGAGUACGCAGGCGUGGUGUGAGAACUGUGAAAAGUACCAGCCCACAGUGCAGACUCGGAACAUCCGCUGCCUUCCUGAUGUACUGGUCAUUAACUGUGAGGUGAACAGUGUCAAAGAGGCUGAGUUCUGGAAGGCUCAGGCAGAGUAUGCUUUCAUCAAGGCCAAGAAGAAAGAGGAAAUGGAACCCCCUAAGCCCAAAGAACCUCCACAACCACAUGAGUGGUGCUUAGAGGAGGAGCUGGUCAAUACGGAGGGCCUGACCUUUGACACCAGAGUGGAGGAUCUACGUCACAUCUGGAUCCCUCUCACUCUGAAGAUGUCCAUCAGCAAAAGCCAGGGCCUGGAGAUGAGCAGCUGGCCAGAGGGAGAGGRGCUGAGCUCCACUGAGGAGGCUGAAGGAGCGUCUCUCUAUGACUUGGUGGUUACUGUUCCUCAUGUACUGGACGCUCGCACCGGAGGCAACUUGGUAGCACACAUCAAAGUGGGAGAGACAUAUCACAUCAGAAAAGAGGGGGUAACACAUCAGCAGUGGUAUCUAUUCAAUGACUUCCUGAUUGAGCCAAUUGACAAGGCUGAAGCAGCACAGUUUGAUGUGAACUGGAAGCUUCCAGCCAUCCUGUAUUACGCCAAGAGAAACUACCACUCCAAAUACGACCUACGCAUUAAGAACCCCAUUGAGGCCAGUGUGCUGUUGACAGAGGCAUCGCUGGCGCGGAAGCAGAGGAAGAGCCACGCCACGUUCAUCCCCCUCAUGGUCAGUGAGAUGCCCCAGGCCGGAGACCUCGUGGGACUGGACGCUGAGUUUGUCACCCUCAACCAGGAGGAGGCAGAGCUACGCAGCGACGGCACCAAGUCCACCAUUAAGCCUAGUCAGAUGUCUGUGGCACGGAUCACCUGCGUGCGUGGUCAGGGUCCCAACGAGGGAGUACCGUUCAUCGAUGACUACAUCUCUACUCAGGAGCAGGUGGUGGACUAUCUGACCCAGUACUCAGGCAUCAAACCAGGGGACCUGGAUGCUAAGAUUUCCUCUAAGCACUUGACCACUCUGAAGUCAACAUACCUGAAGCUGCGCUUCCUCAUUGACACCGGAGUGYGCUUUGUUGGCCAUGGUUUACAGAAGGACUUCCGGGUUAUAAAUUUGCUGGUGCUGAAGGAUCAGGUAGUUGACACAGUCUAUCUGUUCCAUAUGCCUCGUAAGAGGAUGAUCUCUCUGCGCUUCCUCGCCUGGUACUUUCUGGACCUUAACAUCCAAGGUGAGACCCAUGACAGUAUUGAGGACGCACGGACUGCCCUUGCUCUGUACAGGAAGUACCUGGAACUGAGUCGUGGAGGAGGGAACGACGAAGUCCGCAAAGUUCUGAAGGGACUCUAUGAGAAAGGCCGCAAGCUAGACUGGAAAGUCCCUGACUGUGACACAGGAGAUGGUCAAGGUAGCCCAAAAAGUAUGAAACUGGCAUUGCAUUAGAGGGUGUAAUGUUGGUGGGAUCUGGAUAUUAUUGGGGCUAACUAAACUUUAUUUUUAUUAGCAGUAUACGGGAUCUAUCAAUCCGCGUUGAUUGAAUGUAGUCCCCUCAGUACAGUCUUCCCCUCAGUGAAGGGUCUGUGAAGAGAGCCUGAAGACAUUCCUGCCAAACUGAUUUAAUCAUGGUGUUUAAUCAUUUCAAUCAGCCUUUUAUUUUUUAUUGUUAAAACCAGUACUCACAAGGUAUUGACUCCCAUAAAGUAUGAAACUGGACAAGUUAUCGACAAGAGCAGAAUGCUGAAAGUGGUUGUGUCAGUGUCCCAACUUUCCACAUAAUCUUGCUUGCCUGUACAGUACCCUGAUUUGACUCAGCCAUUUACAUUAUUUGAAAAAGAACUGAACAGUUUUGAUCUUCUCCAAAACAGAAGUCAAAACAAUUUCUACUUUCAUUUAGUAUUUUUCUUUAGGUUUGUAAAGAGUGUUCGUCAUUAUGCUGUACAUUAUGCUGCUUACAUGGGCAAAUAAUGUUAAAAUUGUGAUAAACUUUUUAUAGUUAUUUAAAAAUAAAAGCUUAAUACAGUACA